AUGGUAUUAAAAAACAUCACCCCAGAUGUAUAUACUUUUAGUACAUUGAUUGAUGCAUUUUGCAAGGAAGGAAAUGUGAAACAAGCUAACAAUGUGUUGGCUAUGAUGAUGAAAGAAGGUAUAAAACCAAAUGUCGUUACUUAUAAUGCUUUAAUGGACGUGUAUUGCUUAGUUAAUCAAGUGAACGAUGCCCUAAAUAUAUUCAACACUUUGGCCGAUAAGGGAGUGACUCCUAAUGUUCGGAGCUACAAUAUCAUGAUUAAUGGAUUAUGCAAGAUAAAAAUGGUGGAUGAAGCCAUGAAUCUCUUUGAAGAAAUGCAAAGCAAGAAGAUUGAACCUAAUACAGUAACUUACAGUACUCUUAUCGAUGGUUUGUUCAAAUCGGGGAAAAUCUCUUUUGCAUUGGAGCUUGUUGAUGAGAUGCAUGGUAUAGGUCAACCUGCCGAUGUAAUCACGUACAAUUCUUUAUUACAUGCUUUGUGCAAAAAUCAUCAACUUGACAAGGCAAUUGCAUUUGUUGAUAAAAUUAAAGGCGAAGGUAUUCAGCCAAAUGUUUGCACAUACAAUAUACUAAUUGAUGGACUAUGCAAAGGUGGAAGACUUAAGAACGCUCAAGUGAUUUUUCAGGAGCUUUUGACUAAAGGCCAUAAUGUAACUGUUUGGACGUAUAAUGUUAUGAUAAAUGGGCUUUGUAAGGAGGGCUUGUUUGAUCAAGCACUUGCAUUAUUAUCAAGAAUGGAAGACAAUGGUUGCAUUCCUGAUGUUGUAAGUUAUGAAACAAUUAUUGAUUCUCUCUUUCAAAAAGGUGAGAGAGAUAGGGCAGAUAAACUUGUACAUGAAAUGAUUUCUAAAGGUCUCUACUAUAAGAGUAAAACGCAGUAA